GAGAGAGAGAGAGAGAGUGCGUCAUUUCAUCAUUUUGUACCUGCUGCAUAUCGAUCCCGUAGGUUUCCACCCCGUGGCGACCUCAUGUGCGUGCGCAACCCCUUCCAUUCCGUAUUUACCGAGGAACCGUCUGAUCGUGACAGAAGGAACAGUGGAGAACAAGAAGUUAAAUGGUGAGAGGCAUUGCUACCGGAUUGACAAGAAGGCAAGAUAAGGCAAGACAAGGCAAGAGGCAACAUAGAAUAUUGGAAAUUAACAUACCGAAGAAGAAGAGUGUGUGUUUUAAAAAGAAAAGGUUCCUUAUCGUUUGUCUCCAUUGUAUGUAAGAGAAAGAAGGAAAGAGUACAAAUUAGAAAGGGAGAAAGAGAGAAAGAGGAAGGAAGAGAGAGAGAGUGAGAGAGAGAGAGAGAGAGAGAGAGAGCUUAUGACGUAUACGAAUACAUAGAUCAAGUACAUAGCGAUAGUUAGGUAACGUAUGUAGAGAAAGAAAGAAAGAGUGAGAACGAAUGAGAGUGCGAGAGAGAAAGAGUGAGAGAGAGAGAGAGAGAGAGAGAGAGUGAGAAAGAGUAUAAAAUAAAAAGACAAAGAAAGAUAAUUAGACAAAAGUUUUCUCUUUGAGUUAAGCUAAAAAGGAAUAAAGAGAAAGGCGUAAGAAAAAAAAAGAGUGCAAGAGAGAGAGAGAGAGAGAGAAAGAGAGAAAGAGAGAAAGAGAGAGAGAGAGAGAGAGAGAGAGAGAUAAAGAGAAAGAAUACGGAACUCCAAUGUAUUACGGUUCUCGUUUCGUCGAAGACAGUAAAAAAUGUCGUUGCCACGGGAAUGGAGUUUCCAGGAUUCGUGUAGAUCGGUCGACCGUGCGACGACGACGGUCGGGGGUAGUUGCGGUACAGGAGGAGAAGGAGCAGCGUCACAGGAGAUGGUCAGUACGGCCGUCAUCGAUGAAAAUAUGAAUCAACAGAAUCAGCUGGGCUCCUUACUCUCGAUUCAUUCCGCUCCCGUAUUUGAUUUAAGUAAUGGCGUGCCAUCCCCUAAAAGGCCGGCCUCGUUGAUGGUACAAGCCACUGCUACCUCGACACCGGUCGUGCCACCUCAUUUACAAAGUCCACCGGAUACCAUCGAGGACGAGGAUAAUGAAAAUCUUUUAACUAUUUCGAGUCUAACGGCUAGACCGUUGAUAGCGAAAUCGCGUGAAUUACGUUCUUCUAAAACAACCAAUUCGAAAAUAGCGCCGAGCAAGAAAAAGAAGAAACCUAAAAGGAGAGAUAUCAGGAAACCAAGAAAUCGUACUUAUGUACCGUUGGAUGGUGGAUAUGGUUGGGUCAUUGUAUUUGGUGCCUUUUUCGUCCAAUUUUGGGUCGCUGGCCUGGUCAAAUCCUAUGGCGUCCUCUAUGUUGAAAUCAUGGAAACGUUUAAGGACUCAUCAGCAUCGGUUGCAUCUUGGAUACCAGCUAUACUUUCUUGCCUUUGUCUCGCCUUGGCGCCUGUAACGAGCAUGCUAUGUCAAAAGUAUAGCUGCCGAACUGUCGUCUUCAUCGGUGGAUUGUUCUGUGCUUUAGGACUUACGACUAGUUAUUUCGCCACCAGCUUGAUACAUCUCUUUUUUACAUUUGGUAUCUUGACUGGCAUCGGUGGUGGAUUAUCGACGACACCAGGCAUCAUAAUCGUUUCUCAAUACUUUGAUAAACAUCGUGCCCUGGCAAACGGCAUAUGCGUAUCUGGCACGGCCGCUGGUAGCUUUGUAUUUCCACUUUUAAUCGAGACAUUGGUAAAGAAUUUUGGUUUUCACGGUACGAUAUUAUUAUUGGGUGGAUGUAUGCUUCACGUAUGCGUCAGUGCAACAUUGUACAGACCACUCGAGAAUAAUUAUCUUCCGGAUGUUGAAACUAAUGACGAUGGAUUAAAGUCCGGUGAGAAAAAGAACGAAAGCAAUGGUAGACAGGAGGCUACGAAACAACAGAAACUCGAUCUUCUGUUUGAAUCAGUCAAUGAUCCAACGACUCGUCAUAAUCUUCUUAACGAAUUGUUCCAUCAGAAUAGCGUAAUAGCCGUCGAAUUAACAGACAGUGAUGAAGAGAAGGACGUUAUGGGGGAAGGUCUGAUGAUGAAACCAAUCUCAAAGAUACGAAGCUCAAGUAUAUUGCAUAGCGUCGAAGAUUUAUCAACCGAUUCGACGUGCGUUUACAAAGCUAGAUCAUCUUUGAGAUCUCUUAGAUCUUCCACGACAGUCGUAUGUCCUGUACCGAUACCUCCUAACGAUGUUAUGGCUACCACAACGGAGGAACCCAAAACGAUAAUGCAAAAAGUUGCACGUUACAUCGAUCUUUCAUUAUUGAAAAAUCCACAAUUUAUUAUGAUGUGCUUCUCGGUCAGUCUAAUGUCGACCGGAAGUCCAUACAUGUUAUAUUAUUUGCCAGCUUACGUUCACGCAGCUGGAUAUUCGAAAGCAGAAGCUGGCUACCUAGUUGCCAUCUCAGCUGCUCUCGAUUUAUGUGGUAGACUUGGAUUAGGUUGGCUAUCUGAUUUGCAACUUUUUGAUCGACGAAAAGGAUACAUUGGAAGCGUCGUCGGGGCCGGUGUUGCAGUCUUAACAAUUCCAAUGGCACAUUCUUUUUAUGUCUUGGCAUGUUCCGUUGGAAUGUACGGAUUGUGCUUGGGGUGUUGGUUUCUCUUAGUUCCCGUCCUACUUGCUGACCAAUAUGGAACUGAUAAAAUAUCUUCAACUUAUGGAUUGGUCAGAAUGUUUCAAAGCGUUGGAGCAAUUUCUAUUCCACCUCUUGCAGGUUAUUUACGUGAUGUAACUGGAAGUUACACCGUAUGUUUCCUGUGCAUGGGUACAUGUAUGGUAAUGGGAGGUUUGCCUCUUCUAUUGGUAUUUAAUGAAGUAUCAAAACCAACGAAGCUGCCCGUUAAUAAUACUGAAAAUAACAAUUGUCAAGGAGAUCCAAAUGUGAAAGAAUAAAAUAUUUUGCAAGAGUGUGAUAUUCUUUGAAGAGAGAGAGAGAGAGAGAGAGAGAGAGAGAGAGAGAGAGAGAGAGAACAAGAGAGAAAGAGAGAAAGAGAGAGAGAGAGAGAGAAAGAGAGAGAGUAAACGUGUAUUAGAAAACUAAUAAAUCGCAGCAUUUUUGUCGCUACACAA